AUGACGUUAGAUUGGGAAGUCCAUCAUGACUGCAUCAAGCAACUUUAUAUGAAGCAGGACAUGAAGCUCAGUGAACUUCGCGAAGUAAUGAAGCGGGAGCACAGCUUUAAUGCUUCGUAGGUGGCGACCAUCAAGUCAUCGACAUUUUGAACACUGACGAAAUCAAUAGAAAAAACCAGUACGAGACCCAAUUCAGAAGAUGGGGAUGGCGAAAGAAUUUGACCCAGAGCGAGUGGGAGUAUCUCGGAAAACAUAUCACAAAACGCAAGAAGAGCGGAAAAGCAAGCGAGGUGAUUUUCAACGGCCACGUCAUUCCUUCCAAAAAGGUCAACAAGGAGAUAUCCAGGCACUGCCUUCCAAAAUUUACCUCAGGUGAGAAGAAGUACUGGAAGACCCUUUUACUUUCUACUGACCCAACCCACCAGUUUCAAGUCCAUCCACCCCAUUGGAUAUCAGCAUUCGAACCCCGCGUAUACUUUCGCCUGGACCCAAUAACUCGUGGGAGAAGUAUGCUCUCCAGGAGAGCAUACCACCUCUCAUGAACCAUAAACGAAAGAGAGGCGACACUGACAUCAUACAUUCACGCCGACGAAGACGUCGAGGAGAGCCUUCAGCUCAGUCUACGUCGCUUGGAAAAGCUCCACCAGUAUCGGUGAUGAAGGAUUCGUCUCUUCCGUUCCAUGUUUUUGUAGACUAUAUGGAGUCACUAGACUUCGGUGAGUUCACAGGGUUUUGAUUCAACGGCGUCUAUAUAAAGUCUCAGAUAUGCUAACCCGCAGCGAAUUUAGAAAUUGAUUCUCUCCCAUUACUUGUGGGCAAUUUCUUCGAUUCUGGCCAGUAUUUCCCCAGCUAUUUUAUCGAUAUUCCAGUCCAUGCAGAAGAUCGUGAUAUAGAGCUGUUCUUUGGAGAUUCCCUCGAUAGAUCUUUCCAAGACUCAACAUCAGAAGGAAGAUUUAACGGCUCUUUUGAUGGGUUCUAUGAAUCCUUCGCGAGUAUCUUGAUACCCCCAAAAAGAUACGAAGAUAGGUUAGACGCAAAUGUGGAGCUUCAACAAAGGCUGCCAUCUCUUCUAGCAAAUAUGCCGGAAAGGAAGAAAGGCGAAAUUCAGUCAUUUGUUGAUAUCCUGUUGGGUCCUCCAGGCUAUCAUGCAGGACUAUGUAUGUUGGAAGUUGUGGUGUACCUGUUUUCCAACAGAUUGGUCCUUCGCCACGAUUGCAAGCCCAUUUUCCAAUGGAUUGUCGAUAGAAUGCCUUCUCGGAGUCUCAGUGCGAUUUUUCGAACCAAAAUCCCAACACUCAGACAAUUUCAGUCUACUCUCUUACUAUACGCCAUAGAAACUAGCCGUAUCUUUCUAGUGAGAGAUUUAAUGGAGCUAGAAACUUCUCGUGAGGAUGUUGCGAAUUGUAGCAAGUAUUUAGCCGAAGCAGUUCGACAAAACAAUCUCGAAAUGGUCGAACUUCUACUUGCUUCCGGGUCUCAAACCUACAGCACGGGGAGAAGAUCUCAUCUAGCCAUAUGUUUGGUCCAAACUGUUGGUGUCUCCGUUGACAUUGCUCAAGCUCUUUCUGCUACAGGCUAUAAAUUCGACGAAAUAUAUCGUUCGGAGUCACCUUGCACCGCCGCAAUUAAACGCGGAGAAUUCCAACUAGCCCAGUAA